UUGUCCGGCGGGGCCGGGCCGGGGUGGAUCGGGACCGGGACCGGGACCGGGACCAGGACUGGGAGCAGAACGGGGAUCGGGAUCGGGACCGGAGCCGCCCAGCGCCGGCCGAGGCGGUGCCGGCCGGGCCCUCCCUACAGGACGCGGCGGCGAUGCUGUGACCUACAUUCGCGACAAGGAGGUCCCCAGCCCGCCGCCACGGCCGCCGGGCCAUGAAGCGACACAAGUGAGGGCCCGGCGCGCCCGCGGCCAUGGCCAGCCCGGCACCAUGGCUGCGCUGGACACAAACAGAGCUGACGCGCUUGCAGGGCGAGGAGGAGGAGGAGGAGGAGGAAGAAGACGACUUUGAAAGGCGGAUGGACGAGGAUGGGGUCAUCGGCCUGGGGGAGGGUGCCAGGAGCCCACCGGGGGGUGACAGUGAGGACCUGGAGGAGGGGUCCCCGGCAGAGGAGGGGCGAUGGCAUCGGCGGCAGGAGGAGGACGAGGAGCGGGGCAGCUCCGGGGGGGACGAGGGGCCCUGGGGGGCAGAAAGCGAUGGGGACCCCUACCCCGAGCUGUCCUCCGGGGGCCGCUGGGGCUCGGGCUCCAGCGACAGCCCCGAGGCGAUGAGGGACGGCCGGGCUCUGUGCCAGCCCCGGGGCUGCAGCACGGACUGGGGGGACACCUCAGCGCUCUCGGACACCAGCCCUGGCCCUGGCACCCCGUCCAGCCAGCACCGGGGCUGGGGCACGGCCGGGGACACCAUCGGGGGGCACAGGCAGGAGUGGAGCCCGAGAGGGAGCCUCCCCGUGCAGCUCUCCACCGAUGGCCCCAGCCCCGAGCGUGUCCCUGGCACAGCGAUGGCACCUGCUGGCUUGGCACCCUCCGGGCAGCCCCGGGGCGCCGGGAAUCCCGCGGCACCACAGGGGCACGGCAGAUCCCGAGUGCCCAAGAAAGCAGCGCCCGCGGUGGUGCCCCCCAAGCCCGCACGGCAGUCGCGGUCCCUGAGCCCCCGGAGGCGAACGGGUGCCAAGGGGAUGAAGGAUCCCUCGGGAACGGGCACCGAGGGCACCCAGUACGGCCGAGGGCGCCUCAACCACCCCCUGCCCGACCUCUCCAAGGUGGAGGCGCGGGUGAAGUUCGACCAGAGCUACCGCCCCCCCCGGGGCCGGGUGCUGCCCGCCCGCCCCCGCGGCCCCAUCGGCUUCAAAUCCCCGGCCGAAAUCGUACGGGAGGUGCUGCUGAGCAGCGGGGAGGGGGCGGCCCCGCAGCCCCCCAGCACGGCCGGGCUGCCGCAGGAGUUCAGGUCCCCCAGACAAGCCACGGCGCUGGUGCAGCAGCUCCAGGACGACUACCACAAGCUGCUGACCAAGUACGCCGAGGCUGAGAACACCAUCGACCAGCUGCGCCUGGGUGCCAGGGUGAGCCUGUUCUCCGACCCGCCACAGCCCAGCCGCAGCCUCGCCAUGGGCACCGUGGCCACCGGGAGCCGAGUGAUGACCCUGAGCAUCCCGCAGGCACGGACAGCGGCUCUCGGCACGGCCACAGCCCCGGCCACAGCCUCAGUCUCGCCAGGUGCAGCUGCAGCCCCGGGACCGUCAGAGCAGGGGGGUUCACCCCAACCUCGGUCCCCUCCUCCGCCCGGGGGGGGCUGCCCCACCUGCCCCGGGCCGUGCUGCUGCCCCGGCCCCCGGCUCACCCGGGCCCUGGCGGGGCAGAGCCGCAGGCUGCAGGCUCAGGUGGAAUCCUUCGAAAGCUGGGUGCGUGCAGGGACCCCCACACCCUCGGAACAGCUCCAGAGGAUGAGGAUGCUGAAGGACGCGCAGGAUGCACUGGAGCGAGAAUACCUGCGGGGCCGGCAGCAGCUCCCGGAGGCUGCGGCGGGGUUUGAUCCUGACCGAGCAGUGGAAGGGGAGAUUUACCGCCUGGGGCUGCGCCUGGAGGGGCUGAAGGAUCGGCUGGAGCCGGGGGGCAGGCGGCAGCCCCUCCCUCAGCCCUUCCCGCAGCCCCCCCCGCAGUCCCUCCCGCAGCCCCCCCCGCAGACCCGCUGCCCCCCAGCCCCAUCCCCACCGCCAGCCGCUCACUCCUCACGCCCCGAGAGCCCUGCGCUGGUGGAGGAUCCUCGGGGGACAGCAGGGGACAGCGAGGGGGUGGCAGGGGGGCUGCCCUGGCCCCUCUGGCACAAGCAGCGCCAAGUGGAGGAGGAUUUCGGGGACCUGCUGGAGCAGUACAAGCACUUCAAGUCCUUGCCGGAGUCGCUGAGCCUGGAGCGGCUGAGCCUGGCGGGGAGCGGGUCCCAGGAGGAGGUGGAUGCACCCACGGCAAGGGACGGUGGCCCCAGCAAGGUCCCCUGCAGGACACGGUCACUCGAGGAGGGGCCCAACCUCGAGCCCUUGCCCUUGCACCUCCCACAGAGAAGAACUGCGACGCUUCCCCCCAGAGAACCCCCAAACCUGGAGGGCAUACAGGGCCACCGCUCUCCUGCCGCCCCUGAGGAGCCACCAGCCUCUGCCAAGCCCCCCCUGGGGGUCCCUGGGCCACCACGGGUGCCCCUGUCCCUCGGUGGGACAGGCAGCAGUGCCACCCAGCACGGGCCCCACAAGGAGCAGCGCAUCGUGUCCCCAGAGACCGACAGUGGCUUCGUGGGCUCGGAGGCCAGCAGGGUGUCACCCCCCGUGCACACCCCCGAGCACCAUCCCCCCGGCCCAGGGGCUCCGGGCUCUCUGGGACCUUCCGUCCCCAUCCCCAGCAGCCUCCGUACCCCACGGAAGAGACAGACGACCCCACUUCCCUCUGAGAGAGCACUGAUGGGCAUCUACCCCCCGGGGGGCACAGGGGGAGCCCAGCUGCCCCCCAGCAGCCCCUCUCAGAGCAGCUCCCCCCCUCGCUGGGCCGAGAGCGCCGGUAGCGAGGUGGGGCCGGACCCCGACGCUGAUGGCCGUGAGUACACAGGACUCGGCGAGGGAGAGAGAUCUGGGGGGCCCUGGCUCAGGUUUUUGAGGUUCCCAGACCUCCAUGUGGUGCUGGUGUCACCCUCCCUGGAGGGAGGUGUGUGCCAGUCUCUGUUCUCUGAUCCCAGCUCACUGUGCUCCCCUUCCUCCCCAGCUCACACGGACUCGGAGGUGGGGGACAGGAGCUGUGCCAGUGCCGGUGGCCACCCCCCAGCCAUGGCCAGGAGCCCAACCAGCCCCCUGCCCUCCCCCGAAACGCCAUCCCCCACCCUCCUGUCCCCCGACCUGCCAUCCCUCGACCCGGCUCACUGUGACCUGCUGGGCUCCCGUCUGGAGCGCGACCAGGCCAUCCGGGCGCUGCAGGACGAGGUGUGGCGGCUGCGGCGGAGGCUGGAGGAGAGCCUGCUCCGCUCCCGCAGCCAUCCCGAGGGAAAAGCCGCUCCUCUUGUCACCUCGGCCAGGAGGCAGCCGGUGGCCAGCGGACCAUCGGCCCCGCAGGACCCAGCACCCUCGGGGGAGCCCAGCCCCCCGGUGCGGGGCAGGGUGGCCCCCGGGGUCACACCGACGCGGAGGGCGAGGUCGGCAUCUCUGCCACGGGACAAGCCGGAGCUGGACCUCGGUCUGGAGCUCGGUCCCAGCGGAUGCCACCCUCCUUCCCUGUCCUCCGCCGCAGCCUCCGAGUCAGAGCCCUUGCCCGCCGGGCCCCGGGCACCCCCCGCCCUGCGGAAGCACCUUGGGAAGUCCCCGGGGGCGGUGACAUUCCGGGGACAGUACGCAGGGACACGGUACCAGGCGGGGACACCACGUGCCACCCCGGCACCCCGAGAAGAGCCGGGCACCUCGGUGUGUCCCCGAUGUCACAGGGGCAGGACGGCAUCAGCUGCGUUUGGGGGAGGUGACACCUCCCGGCAGCCCCAGCACAGCACCCCCAGGAGAACGUCCUGCCCCACCUGCCGGGCACCCACGGGCAGCAGGGACACAGCCACACACGCAGAGCGUGGCCCUGGUGGCUCCUGUCCCCCAGGCCCCCACACUGGAGCCGAGAAGCCGGAGCAACCCGGAAUUUGGUACUUGGCAGCCCCCCCUGCUGCCACCGCUGCCACCGUCUGCCUGGCACCCGUCCCCCUCGUGCCUUACGUGCCCUCCAUGCUCUACUGCUCCCCAGCAGUUCCUACCUCAGCCCCAGCCCUGGCCGGGGUCCCUCUCGGUAUCCCUGUGGGUCCCCGGCAGGCAGAGCGUCCCCCCCGGCCCCGGGGCCACCACCGCUGCCUGAGCCUGGACCUGGAUGAGCUGGAGGAGCUGAACUGGUCCCUGGGCCGGGCUGUGGAGGCUGCCCAGAGCGUCAGGCUGACCACCAGCCGCAUGAGCCGGGCGCUGGCCGCGGAGCUGGGCCGGCCGCGGGGCCUGCGCGGCUCCUGCCUCUUCUGAGGGCCCCGCCGGCCCCUCCGGACCCCCGUGCCGCCAGGAGAGGGGACGGACCCUCAGUGUCCCUCACUGCGUGCUCCAUGACAAACCUGGGGCCAGCAGGGACAGAGGUACCUCCAGACCCCCCGUGCCGCCAGGAGAGGGGACGGACCCUCAGUGUCCCUCACUGCGUGCUCCAUGACAAACCUGGGGCCAGCAGGGACAGAGGUACCUCCAGACCCCCCGUGCCGCCAGGAGAGGGGACGGACCCUCAGUGUCCCUCACUGCGUGCUCCAUGACAAACCUGGGGCCAGCAGGGCCGGAGGUGCCUCCAGGGGCUCCUGCCCUGGCUCCCAUCUCCCUCCCGCUCUCCCUGCAGUCCCUGCACGGCCUGUCCGUCUGUCUGUCUGUCUGUCUCCAGGACGCCCCAGGCUGCAGGAGGGGGGAAGGCUAGGCAGCAGUCCCCAGCAUUCUGCAGCACCAUCCCCUGGGAGCAGCGGGGUGGCCCCGUGUCCCCCCAGGCUGGUGGCCACCCUGAGCACUUACAGGGGUGCUCUGACCUCGUGUGGGUCGAGCCCCCUUGGCAGCUGUGUUUACCUCUGUGCCUGUGUGGGCAGAAUUCCCUGGCAUUCCCUGGGGUUCCCUAUCCCACCCCUUUCCCAGCCUCCAGGCCUCCUCAGGGGGCUGUGCCCUGUGCCCUCUGCCUUUGGACUUGAACCCAGCGGGAUCCUCCCUGGGGAAAUUUUUUUUUUAAUGUUUUUUAUGUGAAUUUUUUAGCUAGUAAGCAGCUAAAUCACUCUUUGGAGUGAUGAUUGAUGACCUGUAAUGGGUGAUAUAUGUGUAUCUAUAAAUGGAUAUAUCUAGAUAUAGGCAUAUCUAUAUUUAGUUCUAUGUCUGUAUCUAGAGAGACAGAUAUAAAUAGAUCUGUGUAUGUCCAGAUCUCUAGCUGAUUCUAUAGAUAUAUCUUUCUACAGAUACAUAUAUAUAAAUAUUCUGAUUUGCAUUUCCAGCACAACCCCUAGGGCAUUUGUGGGGGUUUUUUUCUGGUCAUCCCUGGAUGUGGCCACCCACAGCAUCAUCUAGGCAGAAAAUAAAAUGAAGGAUUUGAGGUUUUCCCCCUGAGAUCCUCAGGGAACCUGGGCUGGUGGAGGAAAAGUCACCUGCUGGGACCAAAGCAGGUGUGGGGCUGUGGAGCCCCUAUUCUUCCCAGCUGGGUUUCGAAGGAGUUAAUUCCUAUUUUUUAGGAAAAAGGAUGUGGUUGGGGCAGCUUUUCCUGGGAUGGGUCCAGCCAAACCCCCUGCUCCACCCCCAGCACCUCAACCUGUGUUUAUCUGUAGGACCUACCUGAAGUGCCAGUGUCAAAUGUAUUUAUUUUUCUUUUAUUUGUUGUACAAAUACCCACAUUAGGAGGGGGCAUCAGUGAGGGACUCAGGUCUUGGAGCCUUCCAAGCUCCUCCUGAGCCUGAUCCUGACAUGGGCCCAGAGGGGUUGGGAAUGGGGCUGUCUCCUCCUCCUUUUUUGGGGUGAGAGGGCUGGGUUUGGGGGAUUUAAAAGAGGUUUGGGGGAUUUUAAAGAGGUUUUAUGUGUCUCUGGUUGCCUCUGCUCAUGCUCGUGCUCCAAGCUGGAAGCUGUGACUCCUCCAGCACAGGCAGGGUGUGAUGGGAGCAUGUGGAAAGUGUGGUUAAUUAUCCCAAAUGCAGUAGCCAGGACCAAAUGUUGGGGGUUUUUUCCUUACCCCCUAUUUUUUAACAUCCAGCAGAGCCACUGGGCUGGUAUUUUGUACGAAGAAAUCACCU